AUGGCGAAAGGCUCUUUAGUCGGUAACAUAGCGCAGGAUUUGGGUUUAGAUUUAAAGAGACUGAAAUCGGGUAAAGCCCGUAUUUAUACCGGAGACAGCGCUGAAUACAUCGAGCUGAAUAAAGAAAGAGGAGUCCUCCUUAUCAAAGAGAGAAUAGACCGAGAGGCGCUAUGCGGACAGACAACGCCUUGCGCACUACAUUUUCAGAUUAUUUUAGAAAAUCCUAUUGAAUUUUACCACAUCACUGCUGAGGUAACCGAUAUCAAUGAUAAUUACCCUUAUUUCAGUAAACCAGAAACCUAUUUUGAAAUGAGUGAAUCCGCCGUAAAUGGGGCGAAGUUCUAUAUAGAGCAAGCCGUGGAUCUAGAUGUUGGGACGAAUGAUAUCCAAAGCUACGCACUUUCAUCUAGCGAACAUUUUGCAUUAAAACUGCAUAGUCAAGCAGAUGGUAGGAAAGCGGUUGAGAUGGUCUUACAAAAACCUCUCGAUCGAGAGAAAGAGGAACAUAUUGCUUUAGUUUUGACAGCCGUUGAUGGAGGUGAUCCGCAUCUUUCUGGAACAUCACAGAUACGUAUUAAAGUGCUUGAUGUAAAUGACAAUGCACCUGUUUUCACACAUUCUGUAUAUAAAGCCACUGUCACAGAGAAUUCGCCGAAAGGGACUGUCGUCAUGAGAGUCGAAGCCUCUGAUGCAGAUCAGAGCACAAACGGUAAAAUUGAUUAUUCAAUUACCAAUACUCACGAUGGUGUCCCUGAAACGUUUGAAAUAAACAGUCAAAAUGGUGAAUUGAGAAUAAUUGGUGUUAUCGAUUACGAAAAAGCCAGGAACUAUCAGAUUAAUGUUAGAGCGAGUGAUCAUGGUGGUCUAUCAGAUUCAAGUAAAAUAAUGAUCGACGUUUUAGAUGUCAAUGAUAAUACACCAGUAAUCAAUAUUAUGUCAAAGUCAGCUAUGCUAUCAGAAGAUAUUAAACCUGGCACUGUUGUUACUGUUAUAAACACACAAGACUUGGAUUCUAAUGACAACGGCAAGGUCCAGUGCUUUAUUAAUGAAAAUUAUCCAUUCGCCUUAAUGACGACCACUUCUAAUUUCUUUAGUUUGGUCACAGAUGGUGAUUUAGAUCGGGAGAGAGAUUCUGAGUAUAACAUCAGUGUGACGUGCGCUGAUGAGGGCGUGCCCUCUCUCUCCAGCAGCGUCACUCUCUCCUUACAGAUAUCAGAUGUGAAUGAUAACGCGCCUGUGUUUGACAAGAGCUCAUAUGAGGCCUCUGUUCAAGAAAACAACACACCGGGUCUUUCCAUAUUCACAGUCAGAGCCAGAGACGCAGAUUUUAACCAGAAUGCCCGUGUGUCUUACAUACUGGAGGACUCCUCUGUUAACGGAGUGCCCGUCUCCUCGUUGGUGUCCGUUAGUGCUGAUAGUGGAGUCAUACAUGCAGUGCGAUCUUUCGAUUACGAGCAGAUCAAAGAUUUCCCGUUCCGCGACCAGAAUGACAACGCGCCUCAGGUUCUGUAUCCGGUCCAGUCUGGUGCUUCUGUGGUGGCUGAAAUAGUGCCUCGUUCGGCAGAUGUGGGUUAUCUGGUCACUAAAGUGGUGGCUGUUGAUGUGGACUCUGGACAGAAUGCCUGGCUCUCAUAUAAACUGCAGAAAGCCACAGACAGGGCGCUGUUUGAAGUGGGCUUACAGAAUGGAGAAAUAAGAACUGUACGUCAAGUGACAGAUAAAGAUGCUGUGAAACAAAGGCUCACUGUUGUAGUGGAGGACAACGGGCAGCCCUCUCGUUCAGCUACAGUCAAUGUGAACGUGGCGGUGGCGGACAGCUUCCUGAAGUGCUCUCCGACCAUACUGUCAGUCAAAUGCUACAGAUGGAGACGUGAGCGGAUGUAUUACAAAUCUGGCGCGAAUCUGCCGGUUAUUCCGUAUUAUCCGCCUCUUUACGCAGACGUAGGGGGCACAGGAACUUUACAGCACGUGUACAAUUAUGAGGUUUGCAGAACCACUGACCCCAGAAAGAGUGAUCUGAAAUACGUCAGACCUUGCAGUGAGAGCAUCAUUAGUCUGGACACCAGUGGAGCACAGACACUCACGCAUGCGCAGAGAGAGAAACUGACCAGUGAAGAGUUUCAUGAUCAGUGUCGCUGA